GAAAGCUGAGACCGCAGAUCAAGUCGGGGGGCGGGAUGGAUAAAGACUCAUCGCGGUGCAGAAUCGGAGGAAUGCCUGCAGCGGUCACCUGGAAAGACCAUUGUUGAAGGCCUUCCGUUUCUGUGUCUCCAGAUUGGCGCAUCAGUGCUAUUUUGGCAAUGCACUCUCGUGGUAUGUGGGGCACGCGGUGUGUCUAUAUCCUGUUUUUCUUGCCCAAGUCGUUCAGGGUAUAGUUUUUAAAGCCAUUUUUUAAGCUGAAAGGCUUUUAUAAGUACUGUAGUACUUUUAGGCAGCCUUCCCCAAGCGGAAGGUCUCUAGCUAUUUUGGACUGCAACGCUCAGAAUUCCCGGCCAGCACGAUCGGGUCUUUUGAAGAGCUAAACACAUCUGGAGGACAGUAACAUGGAUAUGAGGAAAAACCUCAAAACUGAUUGCUUCAUCAUGAUCAUGACUGAAAGUGUUGAUUCUCUGGUUGCUAUUUCCAGCCAGGACCUUUGGGCCGAAAUCUGUUCAUCUCUGCCACAUCCAGACCAGAAUGAAGAGUCCAGUAAUGCAUUUUCAGAUUCCUUUGCAGAUUCUUAUGUUCAUGUGAUGGGGAAUCAGGUGGAAGUAACAGACCCCUCUUUGCAAGUGAAUGAGAAGCCCUGGAUGCCACUGAAAGAUUCAGAGCUCUACUUGGCAUCUUUAGAGAGAAGAUUAAUGAGAAUAAAGGGUUUGUCUCAGGAAGUGACAUCCAAAGAUAUGCUGCAGACACUUUCUCAGGCUAAGAAAGAAAGUUGGGACAGGUUUCUGCAGGAGAAGUCUGAAUCUGACUUUUAUAUGGAGGGAACCGAUUCUGAUGAGAGUACUUUGGAAUACUUGAAACGCUGGCUACAACCAGAGAAAGUGGCAGUCAGUAGUGAGGAGAUACAAUAUCUCAUCCCCCUUGGAGCUCCUCCUGAGAAGCAAGAGGCUGAAGAAGAUGAAGAGCCUAUGCCUGGAGAACAGUGAAUGCAUUUGGACUUUGCCUCCAGCCCAGGUGGCUGUUGGCGGUUUGGGUUAAAAUACCAAAAGAAGUGCUGUGACGGGGUUUGGUUGAGAUAGACCUUGUGAAGUAGACCUCCACUGCAGUUUGCAAUGCACAGAUUCUGGUUUGAAAUCAUAUAGUGUUGCAGAUUUAAGGUUAAUUGUACGUGAUCUGUUAAGAUGACUAAACAGAAAUGCAGUAGAUAAACUUAAUUUGGCAAACAGUUUUAAAUCCUCUUCCCUGAAAUGCUGAGAAGACUUUGCCCUUAAAUGACCAUUUAUGGAAAAAUGCUUAGCAAUAGUUUCCUUGCAGAGUGUAAUUUCCUCAUUCACAAGUCCCCUGAAACAGCCACGCGUAUCUUUUUCCCAACUUGGAAAAAAGCCCUCUGAAGACCUGUACCUUGUUCCCUGGGAAGUGAAGAACGUCUCUCCUUUACUACCGUACUUUCUGGAUAAAGCCAAGACAAGCCACUGCGGUUUCAGCCUUAGAUCAGGGAGCACUUCCUAGCAAAAACAUAAGAAGUGCUGUGCGUGAAAUGGGUCUUUCCCCCCCUUCCUGCAGAGGCUUUGAGUCAUAAAUUGUACUAUUUUGUGCAGUCUUUUUCUAUUGUGCUUACUUCUUUUUUUAACCAUUCAUGUCAUCUAAGGAUUGAUGUUACCCUCUUUUCAAAUAUUUUUUUUUCUGUUUGGGCUACUAGUUACCUAUGCACAUUUUCUCCCUCCCUCUUUAUUUUCCUUGCUGCAAAAAGUAAAAGACAAUGCAUCAUGAAACAUUUGUGGAAUAAAAACUGCAGCAAUCAGUUGAAUGCAGAAAACAAAGUAUGAUAUAAGUGCAGAACAGAAAGAGUUGGGUGAGUUUUAGUAAUAUCUCUCCUGACAUGCCCAUUUCACUUUUUUUUGGCGGGGGGGAACUGGUGCAUGCAGAAGGCAUGAAAAAUGUAAUUCUCCAGUUACAUGCCAUAGCAUAGCUUUAGCCCUUCUACCUCCCCCAUUUUAUCACCAAACCUUUACAGUUUCUCCCUCUGAUACCUCUUAAUAUCUAGUUGCAGUCUCUAUUAUAUGCUGCUUCGGUGACUUUUUUUUAAUUGGCCUUUUUUGCUUUUCUAUUUCCAAGUAAGUUAUCAUUAACAGCUGUAUAAGGAAAUAAUUGAGGGCAAGUGCCAUCUGAAUCUCAUUGUUUACCAUUGGCAAUGUUAUGUAGUCAAAUCUGAGAGGCUACACUGCUACUUUCAUUGGUCUAAGAAAGUAGAAAAACAACUCAAUUUUUUUAAAGAAUGCAACAACUAGUUGGGUUGGUUUAACAGUAAGGCAGCACAUGAUUAUAUUGGGGGAAAAGGGUGAAAUGCUAUGAUACCUCCACUUUUUUCUUUUUUCUUUUGCACUGAAAUUCAAGCCUGGAGAAUAAUUGCAGCAUCCCAGUUAAAGAAUGCAGAUUGGAAGUUCUGAUGUCUGCUUUAAAUGCAUGUCAUUGUUAUUUCUUCUCCAAAAUUGCAGAGAUAUCUAUUUUACUAAAGGAUCAGAAAAUAAGAGUCCAAGAAACUUAUUAGACAAAAUGUCUAAAAACAUGAGACGUUUACAUAUUAUUUCUUUACUUAAUUGAUUUCAAGUUUAGCUUAACUGGAUGUUUCUGAGUCUGGUAAUACAUUAUGGAUGAUGGAUUGUACAUUUUGGAGUUGCAUAGUCUGUAUAUUGUCUGUUUGUAUAAUUAAGACCCUUUUAAAAGUUGAUUGUGAUUACUUCUGUCUCCGUCCAGUGAAAAUAUAUCUUCCUGUGUAGAUGAAUUUGGUGUGACUUGAUGACUUUGUGUGUUGUUUUAGAACAGGAAUGGCUCACAAGGAUAUUGCACCACAGAGAAAUAGGUGCGCUUUGGUUGGUGGAAAAUAGCAAAAAUGAAGCAUGUAAACAUUUGUUUAGGCUAUUAAUCAAAGAAAGAAACUCAAAUGCACAAAACUAUAAGAAAAACUCACCCUCUUCAGUGAUGUCACUGUGUCACUGUAGCUUUCAGCCACCAAAAAUUGUUAAUAAAAAUUGAGGGGAGAUUGU